CUCCGCCUCCUGGACCCAGGCAGCAGGCGCUGCGGCGCCGCCCGGCACCAACUCGUCCGAAACUUGUGCGCAGUGGUGGGCGCAGCUGCCAAGGAUGGGGUGGUGCGGCCGCUGCUCGGGGCCGCCGCCGUCGCUGCUGCUGCUGCUGGCUGUGGCCGGCGCUGGCGCGGCCCCGCGCUCCGCGCUCUACUCGCCCUCCGACCCGCUGACGCUGCUGCAGGCGGACACGGUGCGCGGCGCCGUGCUGGGCUCCGCCAGCGCCUGGGCCGUGGAGUUCUUCGCCUCCUGGUGCGGCCACUGCAUCGCUUUCGCCCCGACGUGGAAGGCGCUGGCCAACGACGUCAAAGCCUGGAGGCCGGCGCUGAAUCUCGCUGCCCUGGACUGUGCUGACGAGACCAACACCGCAGUCUGCAGAGACUUCAACAUCCCUGGGUUCCCAACUGUGAGGUUCUUCAAGGCCUUUUCCAAAAGUGGCUCAGGAGCAGCGCUGCCAGUGGCUGGUGCUGACGUGCAGACGCUGCGGGAGAGGCUCAUUGACGCCCUGGAGUCCCAUAGUGACACGUGGCCCCCGGCCUGUCCCCCACUGGAGCCUGCCAGGCUGAAGGAGAUUGAUGAAUUCUUUGAUAGAAACAACGAAGAGUACCUGGCCCUGAUCUUUGAAAAGGAAAGCUCCUACCUGGGUAGAGAGGUGACUCUGGACCUGUCCCAGCACCAAGGCAUAGCAGUACGCAGGGUCCUGAACACGGAGGCCGACGUGGUGAGCAAGUUUGGUGUCACCAACUUCCCAUCUUGCUACCUGCUGUUUCGGAAUGGCUCUUUCUCCCGGGUGCCCGUGCUGAUGGAAUCCAGGUCCUUCUACACUGCUUACCUGCAGAAGUUCUCCAGGGGGGCUGCCCAGACCACAGUCGCACCAAUCACUGCUAAUACGAUAGCUCCCACUGUGUGGAAAGUUGCAGAUCGCUCUAAGAUCUAUAUGGCUGACCUGGAAUCUGCGCUGCACUACGUCCUACGGGUAGAAGUGGGCAAGUUCUCUGUCCUGGAGGGGCAGCGCCUGAUGGCCCUGAAAAAGUUUAUGGCAGUGCUGGCCCAGUACUUCCCUGGCCGGCCCUUAGUCCAGAACUUCCUGCACGCCGUGAGUGACUGGCUCAAGAGGCAGCAGAGAAAGAAGAUUCCCUACAGUUCCUUUAAAAAUGUCUUGGACAACAGGAAGGAGGGCACUGUGAUUGCCAAGAAGGUGAACUGGGUCGGCUGCCAGGGGAGUGAGCCACAUUUCCGAGGCUUUCCCUGCUCCCUGUGGAUCCUCUUCCACUUCCUGACCGUGCAGGCAGCUCAGCAAAAUUUAGACCACUCACAAGAAAGAGCCAAGGCCCAGGAGGUCCUCCAGGCUGUCCGCGGCUACGUCCGCUCCUUCUUUGGCUGCCGAGAGUGUGCUGGCCACUUUGAGCAGAUGGCUGCUGCCUCCAUGGACCAGGUGGAGAGUCCAAACAGCGCGGUCCUCUGGUUCUGGUCUAGCCACAACAAGGUCAAUGCUCGCCUCGCAGGUGCCCCCAGCGAGGACCCCCAGUUCCCCAAGGUGCAGUGGCCGCCCCGUGAGCUCUGUUCUGCCUGCCACAAUGAACUCCGGGAUGCACCUGUGUGGGAUCUGAGCAACACCCUCAGCUUCUUAAAGACCCACUUCUCCCCGAGCAACAUUGUCCUGGACUUUCCUUCAGCUGUGCCAGGCCCCCGGAGCGGGGCACAGAGGAUGGCAGCUGCCCCCAAGCCCGUGGAGCUGGAGCUGGUGACCAGAAAUUUUACUCUGGGCCCUGAGAAGGCUGAGAUCAUAGUAGGCCCAGGCACCAUCGUCUGGGAUGUUCCAGUGAAGAGACUUGGGGAAAGUCUCCCCCAGGAGAUGCACGCUGGCCUCGGUGUGACCACAGCUGAGCCAGACGAGGGACCUCCUGAGUACACAGCAGAGCUUCAGAGGGAUAAGUUGGAGCAGCCAGAAGGGCAGCGACGCUUGACCAAGCGAGACACAGGAGCCGUAUUGCUGGCUGAGUUCCUGGCUGAGAAGAACCUCCCCAGAGGCCCUUCAGAGCUGAGGCGAGUGGGCCGCAGCUCCAAGCAGCUGGCCAUUGUCCCUGAGGGGGAACCAGAGGCUGGGGCCAUGCAGGGCCGAGGCCAGUGGCUGCAGGUGCUGGAAAGGGACUUCUCCCACCUGGACAUCAGCCUCUGUGUGGUGCUCUACUCCCUGUCCUUCAUGGGUCUGCUGGGCAUGUACACCUACUUCCGGGCCAGGAUGAGGGCCCUGAAGGGCCAUGCUGGUCAUCCCGCAGCCUGAACCGUCCAGCUGGGGAGGGUGCAGGAAAGGAAGCUGCCGUCCAUGGGGCUCUUCCAGCCCCCCGCCCUCCCCCU